AUGAAAAAGAGACAAUUGGUGUCUAAAAAUUCUUCAACAAAUGAUGAAGAGAACGAAAAAAAGAACAAGGCAGAAGAAAAUCCAGAAAGAUACGGAUUCACUAAAACAGCUUCUUCUGUCAAGGAAUUGCCUAAAAUAACAAUGAAGGAAGAUGAUUCUUCUGAUGAAGAAGAUUCCAGCAAUCCAAAUACAGCAACCACACUCAGUGCUGAUGACGAUGAUGAUGUAUAUAUUAGUGAUGAAGAAAUAGAAAUUGAUCAAGAAGAAGAAGAAGACAUUGAAAGAGAGGAAGAGUCUUCCGACGAAGAAGACGUUAAAGUUUUUGAAAGCUUUACAAACUUGACCUCCAUUAAUGAUGAACUUGAGGAUUCUUGGUACGAGAAGUCAUUGCAAAAAAAGUCUAAAAAUCAAACAAGAGAAACCAAAGAAAAAUCAUUAUUUGCUGAUGUUCAUGACAGUGAUGAUAGUAGUGAAGAUGAAGGAAUGAUAAAUACUAUUGGUAAUGUUCCAUUAGAAUGGUACGAAGAGUAUGACCAUAUUGGAUACGACCGUAGUGGAAACAAAAUAUUAAAAAAGAAACAAAAGGAUGCUUUGGAUAAUUUAAUUGCUAAACAUGAUGAUCCUAAUUAUUUACGUACAGUCUACGAUGAAUACAAUGAUAAGGAACAUGUUCUUUCCAAUGAAGAUUUAGAAACUAUUAUCAAUAUUGGAGUGAAAGGACAAUUCCCACCAGGAUACAAUCCAUACAAGGAUUAUGAGGAAUAUGUCAAGAUUGAUUCUCGUUUCCCUAUGUAUGGUAACCCAGUAGCUAAGUCAAAGUUUUUGCCAAACAAAUCUGAAAUGAAAAUGAUUUCAAAGAUUGCUUUGAGAUAUAAGAGAAAUCCAGCAUUAAUGAACCAAGAAACAGUGAAACCAAAGAAGGAUAAGGUAUAUUUAAUGUGGGGAGAAGAUGGACAAAUUCUAGGAGAGAAGAUUUCACGUAUUGGUAUUUUACCACCACCAAAGGAGAAAUUACCUGGUCACAAUUUGAGUUAUAACCCACCACCAGAAUAUAUUCCUGAAAAAGCUAAAGAGGGAAAGGAAUUCAAAUACAAGAUUUAUGAUUCUUUGAGAAGCGUACCAGUUUAUGACAAAUUCAUUCAAGAACGUUUUGAAAGAUGUAUGGAUUUAUAUCUUGCACCUCGUGUACAACCAAUGAAAAAGAAGAACUUUGUUGAAGAUCCUGAUACAUUACUACCACAACUACCAAAGCCAGAAGAGUUGAGACCUUAUCCUGAAAUUCAAUCUCUAAUUUAUGAAGGUCACGAAGGAAUGGUAAGAUCAAUCAGCGUUGAUCCGUCCGGAAAAUGGUUAGUUUCAUGUUCUGAUGAAGAUGGUACUGUCAGAUUGUGGGAGGUUGAUACUGGACGUUGCAGAAGAGUUUGGAACUUUUUACAUUACAAUUUGGGCAUAACAACCGAUAGCAAGUCCAACAAUGAGGAAGAAAAUGAUAAGAAGCCUCAACGUGUAGGUAUUGAUGGCAAUAUUGAAAACGUACCAAAAUGGGUUGAGUGGAACCCAAAUGCCAAACUCAAUUUAUUUGCUGUGGCUGUUGGUAGCUCAGUAUUUUUAAUCAAGCCAGAAGAGUCAGGUAAUGAAAUUACAAAUGAACUUACUGAAGAGCUUUUCCCUGAUAGAGGUUUCCAAAAUGAAAAUGGUGACGAGUAUGACAUUUCAGACGAUGAGGAAGAACAAGGAGAAGAAGAUCAAACUGAGAAAGAUGAAGAAGAGAAGGACGAAGAAGACAAACGUGAUAUCGAAGGAAAAUCAAGAAAAGGAAGAAGAGUCAAAUUAGUAACUUGGAAAUUCUAUCGUGGCAAUAAUCAAGAUAUGGAAACAGUGAAAAGAAGAGAUGGUAUAAUGUGUCAAAUUAUUCACAAAUCUCGUGUUACACAAGUUACUUGGCAUCAAAAGGGUGACUAUUUUUCUUCUUUAGCUCCAAAUUCUUACUCUCAAGGUGUUCUUGUUCAUCAAUUGUCUCACCGUUCCACACAAAAGGUUUUCAAGGAGAAUGUUAAAGUUAGGAAUGCAUCCCAAAAGUUCAUCAAGGUUCAAUUCCACCCAAAGAAACCACAUUUUUACGUUGUUUCCACAUCUAUGGUGAGAAUUUAUAAUUUACAAACACAAAGACUUUCAAAGAAGUUGAAGGGACAAAAGUGUAAUUAUGUUUCAUCCAUUGCUAUCCAUCCUUCAGGAGAACAUGUAUUGAUUGGUGGUUUUGAUGAAAGAAUGGAAUGGUUUGACUUGGCUAUCUCAUCUCACCCUUACAAGACAAUGAGAUUCCACACUCGAGCUAUUAGAAAUGUAGACUUCCACAAAAGAUAUCCAUUAUUUGCUACUUGCUCGGAUGAUACCACAGCAAAUGUUUUCCAUGGACAAGUCUAUACAGACGAUUGGACAAAAGAAACUCAAAUUGUUCCAGUUAAAAUUUUGAGAGGACACAAGAAGAGAUCGCAUUUGGGUGUUUUGGAUUGUAAGUUCCACCCAAUUCAACCUUGGCUGUUCACGGCUGGGUCAGAUAAAACAAUCAGAUUAUGGACAAGUUAAAUAAAUUAUAACAAGUUUACUAAGUGUCA